AGUUGGAGUUGUGUAGUUGGUACAGCUUCAAGCCGAUGCCGACCAAGAAGACGGCCAACAAGCUGUCGAGCCGAGACCGACAACGGCCCUCUGAUGGUUCAGGCUUCAAUCAGUUCGACAUGCGGGCCAACAAGACGGCUCGAAAGCCCGUAUUGGGAAUGGCGCAGCAACAUGGGUCGCGUCGAAAUAUGUCGGAGAGUAAGUCCUACGCUAAGACAUCCCGUAAGGACUCGUUGCUGAAGGAAUUCCGAGCCCUUGGCAAGACUGGUUCCUUCAAGGACAGGCGAUUAGACGCGAAGGCCCAAGGCAUGUCGGCGGACGAGUUGGCGUCAGCACGCUUCCGGAAGGAGCGAAUCCGGCAACAGGAGAAGAGCAAGAAGAAGCGUAAUGCAGCAUUUGGGUUGGAAGAUGAGGAGGAAGGAGAGGGUUCAGCUGAGGGUGUUGAGCAUAACCUGCUGACACACGGUGGAAAACCAGUGAAGACCAUGACGGCUGAUGAGCUGCGCGGGGAUCCACUCAGCGACUCGGAUGACGAUGAGGAGCUCAAGAAGGAGAUAGAGGCUGAGCUGAUGAAGACCACUGAACACGGCAAGCAUGCUAACAAGCAGGACCUCUACCAGGAGAUCAUGGCUAAGGCUAAGGCAUACAAGGCGGACAGACAGAGGGAGAAGAUGAAGCAUGAAGAAGAGCUCAAUGCUUUAGAUGCUCACUACAAGGGAAUCUUACCCUCCCUGAAGUUCAGACCCAACAAGUACAGUAUUGAGGGUAUAAAGGCGGCCAACGCUCUGUCAUCUGAGGGGCCGGAUGAGUUCGAUAUGAUCAGCAAGCAGUUGAUGAUGGAGGGUGGCCAUUCGGCCAAGGCUGCUGAUAGGUUGAUGAGCUCAGAAGAGGUGGCCCUGGAGAAUGCUAAACGACUCGAGAAAUUGGAGGAGCAAAGAAAGAAUAGAAUGCUGAACGAUGAGCCUAGCGUAGAAGAAUCGCUAGAGGAAGAAGAAGAUGUGGGUGAGGGAGAGGAGGAGGAAGGUGAAGAAGAAGAAGAAGAUGAGGAUGCUGCCUUCGAUGAGGAGGGGGGAGAAAGAGACGAGGUGCCUGAAGAAGCUGUGGAAGAGGCCGCUGGAGUAGAAUCCGAAGAUGAUGAGGAAGAGGAGGAGGAUAUUGAGGAUACAGGGAAGAAAGACGGUGGCGCUGUUGCUGCUGAUGACAACGAGAGGCUAGCCAUGCUAGCGGUCGAUGAGAGCGACUCUGAUAUCGAUGAUGAGGAUGCUCAGGCUGUGGACGAGUACACUACUGCCGAAGAGAGGGUUGCUGAAGAGGGUACAUCAGUCCAAUACCCUACUGAGCUCCCUGUUGGCUUCGACGCCUUCACUAACACUGCAUCGGAGGACAAGGCGGGUCUACCAUUCUCCGUGUCGUGUCCGCAAGAUGGUGAUGCUAUGGAGAAGUUGCUUACUACUUUCGACCCACUGAGUCGAGCCAAGUUGGUCUUCAGUCUCAUCGCCUGCCACAACACCCCAGAUGAGCGCUUUGAGCCUCGCCAGCUGCGGGUGCUCUUGAGCUCCCUCUUCUCUUAUCUCGCUGAUCAUGAAAUAAGGAUGUUGCCUCUUAUUCGAGCCCCCUUGAUCGACCUUGCUAGGCUUAUGCCAGACUGCGCUACUGAUUACUUCACUAUGAACUUGAUCGGGGCCUACGCCAACUCUAGACGCCCUGACGCUAGGGCCAUCAAUAUGUUGCAUAUUGUUGCUACUGUAUUCCAGACAACUGAUAUAAGGCACAGAGUGGUACAGCCUGCACUGAUGUUAUUGGAGCAAUGGGCGUGCUGUACUCAAGACAUGAGGCUGCUCGCUCUACUGUACGAAUUCCUCCAGCCGGCGAAGCGAUAUAGUCCAGCUUUCUUCCAGCUUGCAGGACGCCUCAUGCGCUGUGGCACCGAGACUGAGCAAGAAACGGCGAAGUUGCUGACGCGACGAGUGUGCAUGCAGGCUGGCCCGGAGGAGAAGGCAGGUCUUCAGAUUGUUAUUCAGAAAUACUGCCCAUCUCUGUCGCGAUUGGUGUUGGGUCCGCAUGCAAGGCUCCGUCUGCAUGCCUUCCGCCCUAUAGCCGUACCCAGCUUGGAACCAGUUUUCUACGACCCAGACUCGGCACAGAGUCACAUCAAGGGCAAGGACCCUAUCCUGUAUGAGACGCAGAAGAUGAAGAGACAGUAUAAACAGGAGCGUAGAGGAGCCAAACGGCAGUUGACGAAGGACGCAUCCUUCUUACGACAUGUUCGGGCGAAUGAUAUGCAAGCUAAGGAGACGGCCAUCCAGCAUGAUAAGAAGCGUAUUCGAGCGGCUCUUGAUGAGAGCACUAAUAACUACAAGGUCAUGCGUACUGAGAAUGCGAGGAUGGACACCAAACUGCAUGGAAGCUAUAGGAAGAAUAAGGCUAAGAAGAAGGCGAAUCCCAGAAUGGCUGGCAAUCAGAUGGCACAGAAGUCGACUGACUGAUACUCCCACCACGAUCAUAGUGGAUCACGUUAAUACUACUACUGGCUAUUACACGUUUAUGUUUCUUGCACUCUUGCUAACUCUUACCACUAUGCCAGGCUUCUU